AUGAGGAAAGGGAGGCUAGGAAGAUGUAUUGAAAUCGAUGCACGGUUGGAUUAUGCCGACGAGGAUGAGAGAGUGGUGACAAAUGAGGAAGGGACAAAGCAGACGGUGACUGGAUACCAGGCACCCAACGUGGAGAAAGGUUCUAAAGGAGAUGGGCACGGAGUAGCGAGUUGGAGACUAAGAGACAAGCCGAUCAUACGGCCUCGCAUAGUAGCAGUUAUAAAGACCUCGAAGCAUGGCCGGCGAGGGAAAACCAUGAGGACACACUGCAGGCAUCCAGAGCGGCCUUCCCAGAAAGAGUCGGCGAGUGCAGUUGGGCGCUCGGUACCUGACUAUAUCGAGGGUCAGGCUGUUGAGGCGGUAGAUGACGUGUGGACAGUGAAGUCGGGCCUAGUUCGGCGGCUCGCUGGAGAGCUGGAAGGGUACCCCCGGUGUGGCCCACGAUGGUGGGUGGACGGCAGUGCGGUGAUCGUAGGUAUGGGUCGAUCCGAAUGUCAAGGUGCAUUAUUGGCUUCAACAGCUGUUACCAGGCGAUGUAAGAACGAGGGCUGGAUCUUCCCCAGUAGCGGCGAUUAUACACGAGUGGAGCAAGUGGUCGUCUGA